GUGGAGAUUUAUUAAAUAUCUUUCCAGGAAUCCAGGGGGCUAAUACCGAAGUUCAGUGGGACUGUCACUUCUCAACGACCGGGGGACCGUCAUUGAACAAGACUUUCUGACAGGAGUGCUCUGACUGGCGGGACAAUGCGUUCCAUUUCGGCUCUAUUAGUGGUGGUUGGCGCGGCAACCUUUUACCUGUAUGUCUUGUCCUCUUUUCUGCCACCGGGACCGCAACACCUUCACCGGCGAGAUGAGGUGGAGAUAUCCGACGAGAGUGCUGAGGGAGACCCGGACAUGGUGGAAGUUAAAGAGUACAGUCUGAAGUUCCCGUCAGACUUGGAGGAACUGCGUGAGCUGGCCGAGAUGCUGCAGUUCUAUAAGAGAGAACACACAGGCUAUGUGAUGCUGCUGUUCUGUAGCGCAUACCUCUACAAACAGUCCUUCGCCAUCCCUGGCUCCUCCUUCCUGAACAUGCUGGCGGGGGCGCUGUUCGGACCGUGGCAGGGUCUGGUUCUAGCCUGUUUCCUGACCACCACCGGCUCAACCUUCUGCUACCUGCUGUCUUCCGCCUUUGGGAAGAGCUACGUCGUACAGCUGUUCCCGGACAAGGUGGACAUGCUGCAGAAGAAGGUGGAGGAGAACCGUAGCAGUCUGUUCUUCUUCCUGUUGUUCCUGCGGUUCUUCCCCAUGACUCCUAACUGGUUCCUCAACGUCACCUCUCCCAUCCUCAACAUCCCCCUCCCCAUGUUCUUCUUCUCUGUUCUCAUCGGCCUCAUCCCGUACAACUUCAUCUGUGUGAGGACCGGCUCCAUCCUGUCUGAGAUCUCGUCCCUGGAUGACAUAUUCUCCUGGAGCACACUGCUUCAGCUGCUGGCCAUUGCCUGUGUGGCCCUGCUCCCAGGAGCGCUGAUCCGGCACUACAGCCAGAACCACUUGAAACUGGACGGGCUGAAACAGGAGCAGAAUGGAGGACACACACGAAGACAAGACAAGAAGAGGCGAUGACUCUCCCGUAACGCAGACACUCCUGAUCUGGGCCGGGUCAGAUCCAACCCGUUUUCCGGCGUGGGGCACUCUCCCCACAGCUUGGCGCAGGGAGGAGAGUUGGGCCCAGAUUCAGUCCGCCACGGCGUGAUUGGCGUUUGAAAGAAAUGUUCCCGGGAAAUGAGUCCCGUUCGACGGUAGACUCUGCAUGUGGCCUAAGAUGGACAUCAAAUUUGCCUGGUAAUACUAGCCUUGUGUUUUUUAGAGGAGAGAUAAACGUCUUGGAGAAACUGCUGCUCUGCCGAGGCUUCCUGGCCUUGCUGGCACCAUCCGGGAGAAUCAGAAAGCAGAGAAGCCUGAUGAAGAGGGGCUUCCAGUCAAUGAGGGUCAGAGGCUUCAUGACCUGCUGUUAGGUUUUAGAGAUUGAUGCAGUUUGAACUGUCUGUCGUUUCAUGUCUGUCUCCCGUGAGGGUUUUGGACUUGAUGCCCAGGUGUCUUGAAAAUGUGCCAAAUGAAGGUUUAUAAUUUAUUGAUGCAUUUUUACUUUGAUCUUUAAAGAAUAUGUCUCUUUUUAACUGAAGUUCCAGAUGUUUCUGCACAUGCAUUUACUCACUAUAAACUCAUCGACAUUUUCCAGUUUUACUCCACUCCCCAUUUAUUUCUGAACACCUGAAAUUACAUGGCCAGAAUAAAAUCCCUGCGGUUAUAUAAAGGAACAUUCCACAGAAAACAAUUUGGCCUUUGGCAAAAUAAGACAGGAAG